UGAAGAGCAGUUUGUGUCUUGCUUGCUUAGCAUCGUUCAUCCACCAAUAAUGCCGCCGCGAAUACCCAUAUUAUCGUGCCUUCGGGCUUCAACCUCCACCGCCCCCACCCAAUUCACCCUCCCCCUUCGACCUUUUUCUUCCACCGCUAUCCCUCAGAGCAAGUUUGCAGCUAGGCCGAAGAAGAAGACGUCCCAUGAUCCAUACAUCGUAGCUCAGCGGAACCGAAAAAAGGCGGCCAAUCUCACCAGGCGCUCCGAGAUUGAACAGAAGCGUAUCGAGAACCUCGGAGACCCAGUUCGCGGCAUCAACACCGCCUUCGUCGAGUCUUUCGCAACCGCGACGCCAAUUGAGCACACAUCGGAUAAGAUCCCCAAGGAGACCAGCCAUCUCAACUAUGCACUCAAGCCGGAGGGACUCGAGCGUGCCCUCAAGAAGUCGGAGGAGCUAGCGGUGCCUCGUAAGAUCGAGCGCGUGCAGAAGGCACAAACCUACGCCUGGAGCCCGUACAUGAACCCUUCGAAGUCGAACGAGGCCGCCGAAACUGAGGAGGAUCUCGAAGUCAGACGCCAGAAGGAUCACGAGCGGGCAACGGAGGCCAUCAAGCGUAUCACGGCGCUCGAUAACGGAUCGUCCAAGGAUCGUAUGCGUGUCAAUAUCGCCCGCUGCGUGUCUACAUUCGGACGUCACAACACUGAUCCCAUUUUCCCACCACGUGCCCCUCCUCUACAUGCCGUCAACUCCAAAACUUCCCACGCCAUCCGACCAGAGACAAAUGUCGAGCAGACGAAGAAGCGUGUUGGUCCCGACACUGGAUCUUCGGAAGUUCAGAUCGCCAUCUUGACUGCCAAGAUCAAGGCUGUCGCUGACUUUGUGGCCACCAGAGGCAAGGGAGACAAGCACAACAAGCGCAACUUGAGGCUGUUGGUGCACAGGCGACAGAAGCUGUUGCAAUACUUGAGGAGGAAGGAGAGGGGUGGGCCCAGAUGGCAACACUGCAUUGAGACAUUGGGUCUCACCGAGGGAACAUGGAGGGGCGAGAUCUCGAUGUAAACGUAUGUUUUUGAAGCCAGACUAUGUAUAUUUUCAUCUGUACAAUACAGCAUGUUGAAACGCUAUUGCUAAAUCACCACAUAUCCGAUUUU